AUGCCCGAGACUACCAUCCCGAGCCGAGCCUGGCAACACCGCUUUGACGGGAAGCCAAUCUCGUCGACUCCCGCCAUCGCCGAACUCGAUAUCGAACGCAAUGAGUUGGCCCACACCUGGAAACGGUUCAUCAGCCUCCUCCUGCCCCAGGAUCAGGUCCAAUGGGAGGAGCGGCCACAGACGGUACUCGACGUGCAGGCCUUGCUCGGCAAUAUCAAGACAUUCUGGAUGUCCCGCCCCCGACAACGGAUCUUUAGCGAUUCCAUGGACUUGUGCGAUCGACUCCUUCCGACUAUAGACACACACGCGACCCUCCUUUCCGCCCUCCCGGACCAUAUGGCCUAUACUCCUUUAUUCUAUGGAGUCCUCCAAUCAGUGAUCAAGGCAUCGUCGCAUUACCCACGGGUAAUGGAGGGCUUAGCUACUGCCCUGCUAAAUAUUCACGAUGCUCUAGGCCUUCCCAGUGAUUCUACGCUAAUCGCAAACGCCGUUCCACAUAUUACGAAAACCUACGCUCUAAUAUUCUUCUUUUUGACCGAAUUCAUGGAUUGGUAUGUUCGGAGGUCCACGUGCCAGUUGUUGAACAUGCACAGCCAGGACGUGUACUCCGAAUUUCAUCAUCUGGUCCUUUAUAUACAACUGCAAGCCCGGAAUCUUCCUUGGCAACAUGCGGCGAUGGAUGUCGACAAGGAGGAGGACCCGUAUAGCCCCCGGGCACUUUGGGAGGAGUCCCGACUCAGCCAAGUAGGACGCCGGGGAAAGGACCGUCGGAUAGCGGCGCAAAACACCAUCACCCGCCGUCUGAUUUGGGAGAUUCAGCAAGACGCAGAGGAGCGCAGCCGGUAUAGGGAGGGCCGGGAUCGGUUAUUGGCAGAGACAUUGAGUUCUGUGCGCCAGCAACUGCGGCCAGUCAGUGAACAGAGCAGUGGCAUUGUUUGCAUAACUACGCCUCCAGCUCCAAAUAUAGACACGUCCUCUUUUGAAUGGUCGAGGGGAUCCAAGCGCCGCCUCGCACGACUUGAGAUUCAAAGUUCAUCCAAGCACCUCCAGGACUUCUUCGAUAGUGACGAUCAGAUUUGCGACUACGAACCCGACGUCAAGGUCGUCGCCGAGGGUAACAUCGUUGCAUCUCUACAGCAAUGGGCCACCAGUUCGCGAUCUCAGGCCCUAGCCGUGGGCGGGACACAGCCUACCGCUUCCCUCGACCCGGUGGCUCUAAUUUCAGCCUGCUAUGCCUCAUUCGCACGUCAAGCUCGAUUGCCCGUCGUCUCGCAUUUCUGCGCCCUCCCUAGCCAGGAGGCCAAAGAGCUGAACCUACACGAGCAAGGCUUAAUUGCCCUCACCUACAGUAUAAUUCGGCAAUUAAUCGACUGGCUUCCUCCCGUAGUCGACAGUGACGCUGUUCUGGAUCUCAGCGCGGAACGGUUUCGCCAACUAGACGGAACUCUCACCAGCUGGAAAGCCGCUCUAUCGCUAGUCGACACCCUCUUACAAUCCGCCCCACCACUACUGGUCUUUAUAAUCGAUGGGUUAGACGCCAUCCACCAUCCGUCUACUGACGGAGCAAUCCGUGAACUCGUCCGCGUGCUACUCACCCACACCCGGCGCCAACCCCAAGGCGGUCUCAACGGGCAAGGCCCUACUCUCCUCCUGAAGGUCCUCUUCACCGUCACCGGAAGACCGAGUGCCCUGAUUGAGACGAUGUCUGAACACACACUCAUCCUCGGCGAACCCAACAAAAACAACCAACCUACGCCGUCCGAAGCUGUCCUGACAUCGGACCUCGGAGCGGUCAUGAUGAAUGCAUGA